AUGGGUGAUCUAUCAUCUAUUCGUAUUCCCGGGAAGUUUGCAGCGCGUUUGGGUCAGGGCCUCAGUAGUAGCACAGCCACAGUGGAUGUGCCUAAGCACCAACAGGUGAACAUCGACGACAUCACAGCCAACGGCUUCUGCUUCUCCGAUGGCGUGGGUCUGAUAUCGCCUGAGUUGGCUAUGAAGGUGGCCGAUCACUUG